AUGGCCACAUCGAUUGCGAUCACAACACCGAUGGGUCCACCAAUACUUCAAAAUGGAAGAGAUGUUUGUGCAAUCGAGUAUUGUUCAAUAUGGGACUUUAUUAAUAUUUCUUCUGCUUCUAAAUUAAUUCUCAAAGCUUACAAACAAAAGACUUUCGAUGAUAAUGAUCUUGACUUACUUCCAUUUGCUUAUCAAGCUAGGUCAGUGUAUAAUGCUUUCAAAAAAACCAGAGGAAGUAAACUCUUGUAUCGAAUAUUGAAUUGGUUUUGGUCUGGAAACGCUCUUAAUAUUAGUGUAAAGGGGAUGCUUAAUUCUGAAAUCUAUUCAAAAAGUUUAAGGAGAAUUGAUUCUCAUAUUUCAAUUGUGAAAGAUGAAUCUAAUAAAUCUGAGGACAAUUUGGAUGAUAUCGACAAUGAUAAUUCGUCUGUUGGCAAAGUUACUAAUCUUAUGUCAAUUGAUACAAAUCGUAUUAGUAAUUUCUCUGUAUGGUGGACAAAUAUAAUUGAUAGUCCGAUAGAAUUAGCUGUUGGAAUUUAUUUCUUGUAUCAAUUAUUGGGUGUGUCUUGUUUACUCAGUUUGUUUGUUAUGAUCAUUACACUUCCAAUUAAUCAUCAAACGGCCAAGUUAUAUGCAAAAACUCAAGACAAGCUUAUGAAUGCUAGAGACCGUAGAGUGGAACUUAUGAAUGAACUUACAGCUGCCAUUGCUUUCACUUCGAUAGCUAUUUUCAAUGAACUUCGAUUUGCCCUUAAUACUCUGCCUGAAACUUUUAUGGAUGGACUUCAAGUAUUGAUUAGUAUGCGUAGAAUAGAAAAAUUUUUAAAUGAAGAUGAGAUCAAAAUUCCUCAUGAAAAUGAUUAUCCAUUUAUGAAAUCAAUCACUUUUGAAAAAGCAACCGUCUCAUGGAAUAAGAUUAAGGAAAAUAGUGAUGAGUUUAUUAUGCAAGAUUUGGACUUGGAAUUUCCUGUUGCUGUCGAUAAUGGAAAAAUUGUCAUGUCUGGUGUGGUUUCAGAAUUACGUAAUUCAGGAAUAUUGACUUUGAUCCUUGAUGAAAAUGAUAUUCAAUCAGAAUUAGUAAAUUCCGUCGAAUUGGCCGCAGAAAAUACUACUUCUGAUGCAACUCUCGUCGAUAAUGUUGCACAGGUGGAUGAUUCAAACACUGUAAAAAAAGUUUCCAAACCAAAAAUUCUUAUCGAAGAAGAAGCACGACAAACUGGAAUGGUUAAGUUUAAUAUUUACAAGUCAUAUUUUCGUGCAAAUGGAAAUAUACUUUACUGGUUGAUUGUUGCAGUAAUCUUUAUUGGAUCUAGAGGAAUACAGAUAAUGGAGAAUUGGUGGCUUCAAGUUUGGUCAAAUGCCAAUAAGAAUAACGAGACAAUUCCAACGAUUUUCAAUUUAGUUCAACAAGAUAAUUUAGUUAUGAUUGAUGGAAUAUUCGACGAUAUUUACAAACCACAUAGCGUUGAUUUUUAUUUGAAUAUAUACGUGUUAAUUACAUCCUUAUCUAUUAUCACGGGUGUUUUGCGUCUUGCUUGGCUUUAUUAUGGAUCAUUGAGAGCGUCUAAAAAACUUUAUCAAACACUACUUCAUCAAGUUAUUCGUGCUCCAUUAAGAUUUUUUGAUACGACCCCAGUCGGAAGAAUUCUUAAUAGGUUCAGUAAAGAUUUUGAAACAAUUGAUAGCACUUUAGCAG